UAAUAUACCCUUUCUAGAUAUAUGGAACAACUAAAACCCCUAAUCUCUUGGACUCGAACAUUUAUCACCCAUUCUGCCGUCAACACACACUCUCUCUCUCUCUGCAUCAUCGUUCAGUCCUCCCCGUCGCCGACCACUGUCGUUCCGUCAGCCUUACAGACCACUGCGCGCUCUGGGAUAAUAGAAAUACUCAAUUUCCAAUGCAGCCACCAAAUUCUAAUUUGAAUUGACCGUUGGAUUUAAAUCACAGUAUAUUGUUCUUGAGAUGAAAAAGAUGAUAGCUUUAGGGUUUGAGGGGUCAGCCAACAAGAUUGCUGUUGGGGUUGUUACAUUAGAUGGCACAAUCUUAUCAAACCCGAGACACACCUAUAUUACCCCUCCGGGCCAUGGAUUCCUCCCUCGAGAAACUGCCCAACACCAUCUCCAGCACAUCCUUCCACUCAUCAAAGAUGCCCUCAAAACUGCUGAAGUAACCCCGAGCGAUAUAGACUGUCUUUGUUAUACCAAAGGCCCUGGUAUGGGUGCACCUUUACAGGUUUCUGCUGUUGUUGUCCGGGUCCUUUCGCAGCUGUGGAAUAAGCCAAUUGUUGCGGUAAAUCAUUGUGUUGCUCAUAUUGAAAUGGGUAGGAUUGUGACUGGGGCUGAUGAUCCAGUUGUGUUGUAUGUAAGUGGCGGGAACACACAGGUGAUUGCGUAUAGUGAGGGACGCUACAGAAUUUUUGGGGAGACUAUUGAUAUUGCUGUCGGCAAUUGCUUGGAUCGGUUUGCCAGGGUUUUAACACUGUCAAAUGAUCCAAGUCCUGGGUACAACAUUGAGCAGCUUGCAAAGAAAGGAGAACAGUUUCUGGACCUUCCGUAUGCUGUGAAAGGAAUGGAUGUCUCCUUUAGUGGACUAUUGAGCUAUAUUGAAGCCACUGCUGUGGAGAAGCUAAAAAAUAAUGAGUGUACCCCCGCCGAUUUGUGCUACUCUCUGCAGGAAACUGUAUUUGCAAUGCUUGUAGAGAUCACUGAACGGGCAAUGGCACACUGUGACAAGAAAGAUGUUCUUAUUGUUGGCGGUGUGGGCUGCAAUGAACGCUUGCAAGCGAUGAUGAGAGUAAUGUGCUCUGAGAGGGGUGGAAGAUUGUUUGCAACUGAUGAUAGGUAUUGUAUUGACAAUGGGGCAAUGAUUGCAUAUACUGGUUUGCUUGAGUUUGCUCACGGUGUAUCAACUCCACUGGAGGAAUCGACAUUCACCCAGCGCUUCAGAACUGAUGAAGUUCAAGCAAUUUGGAGAGAGAAAGGGGAAUCGUCUAACAUAAAUGUUCGCAUAAAGGAAAACAUCUAAUCAUGUAUAUUAAGAACAAGAUUAUAUGCUUUUCCUGGACCCCUCUUAUCAGGAUGAGGACAAGUUUGGUCCAGGCUCAGUCCUCCAUCUCAAAUGGUCCUGGCUGAGCGAUCUGAUAUCAUGAGAUGAAUUCGGCACUAUGUAUCUUUUUUAUAAAUUUUGUUUUCAAAUAUUCUUGACACGCAAUAUAUUGAAAAUUUACAAAAAUGUGAUUAAUAUCUAA